AUGUUGUCCAACAUCGCCUCCAAACUUGGCCUCUCAAAACCCCAAACCUCUUCCUUCAAAGUCGUUCCUCGCCAAACGUCAAAUUACACCAUGCCUCAGAAAAUAGAAUACAAGUCCAAAAACAUUUCCAUACCGGACACAUUCCUCACUUCUCCUUCAUCAACAUCAAUAACAUCCCAUCAAAUCGACUUUGCAAACUCCCCUCUUCCUCAAUACGACGGCCACACGGCUCUUAUUCUAGACAAUGUUAUAUCACCCGAUGAAUGCCGCGAACUUCUUUCCCUAGCUGAAGAUUCAGUCCCGCGCGACGAUGAGACUCGGUCGGCGUGGAAACCCGCUUUGGUGAGUGGUGGUGAUGGUUAUGAGAGUCGUGCGCCAGGGUAUCGCGAGAGCGACAGGAUUAUCUGGGAUCAGCAGACGAUAGUUGAUCGCCUCUGGGAACGAUGUCUUCAAGCUGACGGACUGCGCGAUUUACUCGCUGUUGUGCCUCACGAGCCUUGGAUGAAAGGUGGCAGGUUUGUCUUUAGUCGCUUAAACGACAGAAUGCGCUUCCUAAAGUAUUCUCCUGGACAGUACUUCAAGCGUAAGUUACUCUACAUCUCCUCCGAGUACCGCUCUAAUCAUACUUCAUACUCAGCUCACUGCGAUGGCGCAUACUUCUAUACCGAAGGUCCUGGAAAAGAAUUCGAGACCUUUUACACUGUUCAUCUCUACCUCAAUGAUUCUGUCGAGAAUGACCCUACAUCGGAACUCCAAGGCGGCGCGACUUCCUUCCUUGACAGGAAGGGAGAGAAGAGGGUCGAUGUGAACCCCAAGGCCGGAAGUGUUCUCAUUUUUCAGCACAAGGGACUUUUCCAUGAAGGAGCGUUGGUGAACAAGGGAAUCAAGUACACCAUGAGAACAGACAUUCUCUACGAAUGGAUACCUGACAAAGACGAAGAAGAAGAGCCGCAGACAAAGGCUGCUUGGUGGGAAUAA